CUAAGAUGGCUUCCACGCUUUCAGGUCAUAAACAAGAGCUCGAAAAAUAUGCUGAACUUGUGGAACAGCAUAUUCAUGGAUUGUUGGUGGACAAGAAAAACCCAAAUGACCACCUGGAUUUUCUAUGUAAUCUUCAGGUGGCACAAAAUCAAUUGUCAUCUGACGCCCAAGAAAUACCUCAAAAGCGGCAAAGGCAGCAAACUCCUUUAAUGAGAGAGAGUUUGCACCAGGAAGAAGAGAUGUCGCCCCCAAAAAAAGCCACAAAGAAGAAACCAGAGGCAAAGCAACAGCGAACGAAAACUAAAAAGCAACUACAAAAAGAGGGAGAAGCGUCAUCAGCCCUCCACGGCGCCAAMGAAAUAUUAAACGACCUCCCUACAUUUUUACAUAACUUCCCAUCAUCAUCCACUACGACUUUGCCUGGUGUAUGUACUUCAAAUUUGCUACAGGCCCCUUCGCCAACCAUCAUUACUUCCCAAUUGACGCACUCCACAACUUCACAGGACAGCAUACUUACUUCUGCACCAGAAAUGCCUGCUAUUACCUCCCUGCAGACAUCCUCGCCACGCUACUUAAAUACAAGCUCUAUAAGCAUCUCUAGGUCGCUUGCUUCURCACCAACUAUUACCUCCUUGCAGACAUCUUUGACUCCUUCCGUAUCUCCAAGCACUCCCUGUACCCUCAGAGAUACUGCUGAAACCUUUCGUGAGGCCCUCGGUAUUGCAAACAGUUUUGGAAUGGAUAAUUCCCUUCAAGACUUUGAAAUUGAAAGCUCUCUGCCGCCCAUUAAUCAAGUCAACUCAAGUGAGUUAACCGUCUUGGAACCUCGCCCACGCAAUUCUGAUGACCCAUUUAGGGUUAUUGAAGAAUUGAAAAAGGAAAAUGAAAGUCUCAAAAAAGAAAUUGAAGAAUUGCGAAAGAGCAAAUCCACUUGUUCUCAUCCUGCUGCUUCAACAGAAGUAAUAAAUUUCCUUAUGAUGCUUGCAAAUAGCUACACUGGCAYUGGUGAAGGAGUUMUGUCGGUGUUGCCAAAUCCCGUCACAAAGGAGUUUUMCAUAAGAGCCAAUCUAAAUCCCACAGCAAGCAAUAAUUCAUCACAGAGCCAUUCUCUUGUACGUCUUAAAGAGGGGGCAGAUGUGUUUGUAGACCGAAGCACUUUGCGCAACGAUGUAACAACAGCUCAAAAGAAAGGACCAACACACCUCAUAAGCCGGUUGAUUGCAAGCAUAUUUUCAACGGAAGAGCUGGCAAACUCCCGUGGCCAAGGGAUAGUGAAAGGGCCAAACGUUGAAAAUAAACAGCCUCUUGAUCAAAUAAGGAUAAAUGCUUGUAAAGAUUACGUAACUGCUUUCUGCAUCGAAAACAAGAAAGAGCAAUUGACAAACAAGCAGAUCAACGAGGCCAUAACGAACCAAAUUAGCUACGCUCGAGUCAAGCUUCGCCGAUCAGCUAAGUCUUUAUAGUAUAUCAAAAUACUCAGACACUGCAUGGAUCGCAUGGAUACUGACUUUGGAUCAUAUAUACAAAUAAUAGUAAAUUUAGAGGUCAACACAUAGACAUUUUGAGGCCAAAAUAUAAUUAUCUAAACGCAGUAGCUGCCGACAGAUGAAAUUAUGUAUUUAUACAUUUAAAAAUUGCCUCACAAAAGAUAAGGCCAGAGUUCGUGGUGCGAUCAUAGCCAUUUCAUAAUCAURAAUAAAUGUUUUUACAC